GGGGCAACGGCACGCGUGCCAACAGAGAGGGCUCUGAGUGCCGCCUCUGGCACCUGUGCCAUAGGUUCACCACCAAGGCCCUAAAGGCUGCUGAAGAGGUUACCUAGCCUGGUAACCAAAUGUUCGGAAACCGACCCACCUACACCCGAGCUACAGAUAUUCACCACUAUUGCAAACUUAAAAAUAUAUGGAUCAAAUGAAGGUGUAGGAAACAGCCUUACUACCAUUAUGGCCAGAAGAAAGAUUAUGCAACAUUUUUAACCCCAAGAGUUUAAAAAAAAAAAAAAGAUGUGCCAUAUAAACCUACAGGUCUGUCUCCACUGGAAUACUGCUCAAGGGACUUGGGGGCACUUUUGUAAAAUGUGAAUGCAGAUUCCGGGCAGCAUUCGCUGUCACGAACCCAAAAAGUGCCAGUUAACAUUCAUAGCCUCCAAAUUAUGAGACUACCUUCAGACUUAACCAUUCAAGGUGUGAAAUAGAUGCACUAAUGGAGUUAAAGAAGCAAUUAAUGUCUAUGCCGGUUGCCGUCCUCACCUUUCCUAGAAUAAAAAUGCCAGUGUCUUAAGAAAAUUAAAAUAAUACAUAACUGGGGGGGGGGAGAAGCCCACCAUCCAUAAUAACACGGCAAAGAUCCCAACCCGAGAAGAGUACUUAAGAGUGAUCUAGCCUGACGAAGAGUUCCAAAGAAUUUGCAAAGUUCGUUUUCAAGAUUUUGCAGUUUUUCGGUGGUGGGUCGUUCCGGAGAGGCUGCCGUUUCAGUCUUUGCAGCCGGUAAUCCGACAAACGCUGACGAAGGCGAGAAAUCCCUCUUUUACCCCGAGCACGAGUAGCCAAGUCCGUCGCGCUCCUGUAAGAAACGCUCGGAGAAGCGACGCAUUCUCGGUACGGCCAAGAGGCGCUACUAGGCCGCGCGGGAUGCAAGCCCUGGUUCGCUCUUCCCUCGACGAGGCCAUCCUGGACAAUCGAGCGCCCUCGGAAGCACCGCCCUGCCCGGGCUUGACGGCGGGUGCUCCUCCUCCUUCCAGGAGGCUCAGCAGGACCGGAUAUAAGAGCCGCAGCUGCCGGCGCUGCUGCCUGUCCUCUGUGGGAGCUGCGCACCCCAACACGUGGAAGGAAGCCCCCCCCCAUGUCUCCGACCACACAAGAGCGGGCUUCGUUGCGUGAGCCUUAUUAGUCCGGCCUCUCCACGUGGCCCCAAACUGCCGCGUAAAGAAAGAAGGGGGGGCUUUGCUGCAUCGUCAGCUCCCCGUUCUCCAAUCUUCGGGCCGGCCCUCCGACGCCGAUUUCUUUAACCCUCGCCUAGUUACAAGUCCAACUGUACCAACUGCUACCUCUCUCUCCCUCUCUCUCCCCGCCCCCAACUGUUCCAUUUUACGCCAAAUAAAAGGGGUGGGGAGGAGGAGGAGGAGAAUUUUUGCCAAUGCAAUCUAAUUAAUAGCUUGACCGGGAGGAGGGAACAACCCAAGUGAAUAAGGUACCGUGUGCGCGCAUGCUCUUCCGACCGACUGCACGUGUAAGAAGCGCAUUUGGUAAAGGAGGGGGCGAUGGAGCGGCAGGAUCAGAAGGAAGAAGGAAUCUAGCCGGCUGCUUUAAAAGAGGAGGCUUCUUGGACAUCCCCCCCUUCCCCACGAUUGUGGAGGACGAGGUGGGGGGGAGGAAGGAAGAGGAUUCUAGAGGACGGGAGCUUUUUCUCCCUGGAUCGCCAGCCAGCAGUUUUGUUCCUUGACUUUCGAUCACCCUGACAAAAGAAUUUUACGAUUCUUCCUUCAGGACUCAUGAACAUCCGGAGCAGUGGCGAAAGAAAGCAGUAAUUGCCCAACCAGGUCCCUUCUCUCUGCCUGUCUUCAAGCAGGAGGUGGUUCAGUCAAUAUGUGAUAAAAUUCUGUCACAAGACACCCAUGUUGGAAAAGACACUGCCUGACUUAUCCCAGUGGGCUACUAACUUCCAUGAAGUCACAUACAACGUGAGUCAAAAACCUUAAGGUUUGCAUUCACCACAGUCCAGUCUUUUGCAAUGAAUGAUAUCAACAAGUGGUAAUGAAUUAGAAGAAGUGGUAGCAGGAAGCUUUCUGGCUUGUGCUGACGAAUAUUCUGGCCCACGCAGAGCAGUCUUCCCCAAGCUGAGCUUCAGUACAGAGCACCAUAAUGACGGAGGAAGCUUGCAGGACACGAAGUCAGAAGCGAGCACUUGAACGGGAAAUCACCCAAAACGACGUGGACUGUAAAAAGAUGAAAAUGGACAAGGGGCUUUUGGGCGGCCCUGAGGCCAACUCUGAAGGGGGGGACCUUAAGCUAAAGACUGAGUCUGGAUCUAGUAGAGUCCAGGGAUUAUUAAAAGGAGGAGAGAUGAAAGCAACCAUCAGAGUGGAGGUUCAGACGGGAGAUGAGCCGGUGGAUAUGAGCACCUCAAAAAGUGAUGCAAAGCAAGAGAGGAGAGUCCCUUCACCGGAUGUAAUAGUACUAUCUGACAACGAGCCGUCAAGCCCAAGAAUGAAUGGAUUAACCAAAAUAGCAUUAAAAGAGACCAGCGCAGAAGUGCUGAUGAAAAGCAGCCCAGAAGAACGGGAGCGAAUGAUUAAACAGCUGAAAGAGGAAUUGCGGUUAGAAGAAGCUAAGCUGGUCUUACUGAAAAAAUUACGACAAAGUCAGAUACAAAAGGAGACAACGGCUCAAAAGCCUGCUGGUUCUUCAGGAAAUGCUGCAGCAACACCUCCCCCAUUAGUGCGGGGAACACAGAACAUUGCAUCCAGCAAGUCAGCCCUUCUGCAGAACACUUCUUCACGUAUUCCUGGGACUGUUAUUCCGCCUCCUUUGAUCCGGGGUGGGCAACAGACAUCUUCAAAGCUGGGCUCUCAACAGAACACGCAAAUAGUCAUGCCACCUCUAGUCCGAGGAGCACAGCAAAUUCACAACAUCCGCCCGCACUCCAGCUCGGGACCUCCUCCGCUGCUCCUCGCUCCGCGGGCCUCCGUUCCCAGCGUGCAGAUCCAGGGCCAGCGGAUCAUCCAGCAGGGUCUCAUCCGUGUUGCCAAUGUCCCGAAUGCGAGCCUUUUGGUCAACAUCCCACAGGCCUCCCCAACUUCAUUGAAAGGUGCAGCUGGGACGUCCGGUCAGGUGAACUCUUCGAUCGCCACCAGCGUUGCUUCCAUCGUCAACUCGAACGACUCUCCUGCCAGUCGGCAAGCAGCUGCCAAGUUGGCAUUGCGGAAACAGCUGGAGAAAACCUUGCUGGAAAUUCCUCCACCCAAACCUCCGGCUCCUGAAAUGAACUUCCUGCCCAGUGCAGCUAAUAAUGAGUUCAUCUACCUAGUUGGGUUGGAGGAAGUGGUGCAGAACCUACUAGAAGCUCAAGGUAAAGUCUCCGUCAGCCCCUCCUCGCAGGAGCCCUACACCUGCGUCCAGUGCAAGACGGACUUCACCUGCCGCUGGAGGGAGGAGAAGAGCGGCUCCAUCAUGUGCGAGACGUGCAUGUCCUCCAAUCAGAAGAAGGCCCUCAAGGCCGAGCACACGAGCCGGCUGAAGGCCGCCUUUGUGAAGGCCUUGCAACAGGAGCAGGAGAUCGAGCAGCGGAUAUUGCAACAGGCCGCCUCCCCGAUUCAGAGCAAGCCAGAACAGAUAGCUCAGCAGCAUCACGCACUCAAGCAGGCCUCCAGCCAGCUGCCCCGAAGUGCCAGUGCCCCUCGUGGAGUCUUGCAUGCAUUUAGCCAGUCGCCCAAGUUGCAGAACGCCUCCGGUGUGGCCGUACUUGGUGGCAGGCAAGGUAAGCGUGCUCAGAGACCCAUCGGCAAAGGAGGUGCUUACACUUGGAAGAAGACACCCGUCAACGCAGGAGGGACGUUGAACUUUGUUAACCCUAGUCUCACCGUGCACAAAACCUCCUCCUCGGCCGUAGAUCGCCACCGCGAGUAUCUCUUGGAUAUGAUUCCUCCACGGUCCAUCCCUCAAUCGGCCACAUGGAAAUAACACAGGAACUUCCGCCCCGAAUGGAAGACUUCAAUUUUUUUUCCCUAUGACAUCUUCUUGGGCUUUUUUCUUCCUUCUUCUUCUUCUUUUGGUUCUGCCAUCCUUCCCUCCCAAAAUCUCUCCACACAGUGGAAAAGCCGCUUUCAAGUCUAACUGGAUCUGCCUGCGGGGUUUGCCAGAAAGUAUUUUUUAUGGUUUUUUUUGCCAGCCCCAUCAGGGGCCAUUUUGCUUCCUGCUGGAUAGAAUGGACGCUCAAAAGGGUGGUAAUGAACAUUUAGGCUACCAAGUUCUUGCAAAAUUUUUUUUGGGGGGGGAGAUGGUUGAGGCCAUCCCCAAGGAGAAUCUCAAUUUAAUAUUAUUAUUAUUUUCUCUGUGUAUUUUGUCUCUUUAGUUUGGGGGUUGUUAUUAUUAUUAUUUUUUGAUCAGCACUAGUAUGGAACAAGGAUUUGUGAAAGAGACUGAUGCUCAGUUGCUUCGGGUCUCAGUCCUUCCCCUUCUUACAUACCGUCUCUUUUUUUAGUUACCUUAGCUGAAUUUUACUUUGGUUGAUCAUACAGUGGCCCCUCAUGACCAAGGAUGUACUUCGCCCGUUCACAGAAAGCAGAAGUGGGACCUAGCAAGAGUGAAAAAAAUGAAUCAGAAAGCUUGGACCGGUUUCCUCACGGCCUUGUUUUCUCUAAACCCCACCGUAAUUCCUGAGGAGGCCCUAUUCUAAUGGACAACAGUGGGGUUUGGUGUUUGGUUUGGAGGUUUCAUUUUGUUUUCUUUUUAACCCAGUAAUAACUUAUACUAAGAGCAAAUGCAGACGGACUUGCCACCCACCAGAAGAAAUGGAGCAACUGAACACAGAUGUGCAUCUUGUUUUCAUUUUUUUUUUUUUUAAUAGAAUCUUGUUUCAGACAGAUGUUCUGCUCUGGGCCUUUGCUGGUUUAAAGAAUUACUGGACAAUUUAUAUAAAACAGCUCUAUUGAAUCUUCUCAAUCUUGAAGUGAAUGAACAUGUUUGUUGGUUUUUUUAAAAAAAGAAAGAAAGAAAAAUAACAAAAAAUAAGUCUGACGCUCCCAAAGAGAAAAGUGAGCUGUGUGGAGAUGAAUAUUUUUUUUUUCGUACAAAAGAGCAACUUCUGAUUGAAUCUUCCUCCCCUUUUCAUUGUUUUCUAGAAAGGUUUUUACUUGGCUAUCUAAGAACAGUGUGCAAUUUAGUCAUGUGGAACAGAAGGGACCAGAGAAGUACAUUUUUUGUGUUUAAAAAAAAAAAAGAAAUAAAUAAAAACACCACGAGACAAAAGUCCACAUCUCUGUUGCUACCAAUUGUUGUGGGGGAAAAAAAACGGCCUUGCCAUAGGUGAACCAUUAUUUUACCGGUGCCCUCCAUACGUGUUGGACUAAGCUCCCAUAAUUCCCAGCCAGGGGAAUAAGUAGAGAGUACCUAGUAUGGGGGGGGGGAACAGGGUCCCCGCUUUAUAAGCACAACAUGGGUGCAAAAAGCUAUUGUCUCUGGUGUGUUCAGUCCCAUCCUUAGAAAUGUAACCGCUUCCCCUUCUACUGCUAGCAUCUUGACUAAUGUUGGCUUUAAACCGCACUUCCUCUUCCCAUGCCCCCUGACAAAUUCAGUGAAAUAUUGGGGAGGGGGGAGUCAUAGUUUUAUUUUGCCUCUUCAAUCCCAUAAUUUUUUUUUUAGUAGUAGAGGCAGAAGUAUAGACCUUUCUAUACCCAUUCAUACUAGCAUAUUGGUACUAGAUCUAGUGCUGAUAUAAGAGUUUGUUGCAAAAAAAUUAUAUAUAAAUAAAUGCAUAUAUAAAUAUAAAUAUAUAUAAAUAUAUAUAUAAGACUAUAUAUAAAGCAGGGUGGGAGGGGAUUAAUACUGUGCAGGCAACCCUUUUGGGGGUCUGGGGUAUGGUAUUUUGUUAGUUAAAGCGAGAUACCUAAUUUAAGAACAGACCUACAAAUGUUACUGUAUCAGGAAGGGCUCCCGUUCCAAUGACAUCUUGCAUUUUAAUAAAAAGUUCCUCCUAAUUCCCCCUUUUUCUGUAAGCUUGAGAAUAUUUAGAUAUAAUGUUUUAAGUUCUGGUGGAUAGCAAGCGUAUAGGGUUUUAAUUUUUCUGUACACCGUUCUUCUGAAUUUCAGUGUUUGUAGUGGGGCCCGCUUUUGUUUGUACAUCAAAACUAUUGCUUUAUUCUCCAUCCUCUCUGUUUGAAUUUAGUGGGCUUAGAAAAGCAUUCUUACUGAUUUUCUAUCCAAAGUUAAGAUACCUUAAUGCCGUUUUUUUUUCUCUUGCACUUCAGUUCCAUAUAGAAUUUUACACCAGUAUAAACAAUUGAAGUUCCGUUCUCCUAAAGAAUCCAUGUCAUUUCCAGAUUAACCCCAAGACUUCCCUGAUGGGUCAAAUAGAUUUAAAACUGGUUUGAAGCUGUAGUGUAGACAUAAUUGUUAAAUUUCUCUGGCAUUUUUCACAAUUGCAUCAUCGGUCUGCCUUAGACCUGGUGCGAAUCAAAGUUUGCAUUUCUGAAAUUCUAGUCUUGCUUUUUGCGUAGGAGCUGGAUUACUUACAAAUCAGGAAGGAUAAGUUUGUCCAUGUGAAGUUUUAAGCUGGAGCAGUUUGACCAACAGUUGUGAACCUGUGUUUCCAAAAGCCAUUUCUUUUUUAAAAGAUGAAAACCCCAGCCGUGACAGAAAACUCUUUUUGAUUGGGUUGGGAUUGUCCAGGAAAUUUUGGAGGUCCAGAAAAAAUAAAUCUUUAACUUGAAGCAA